AUGAAGGAGAACCAGACCGUCCUCACCAUACCAGAUGGACAUGGCGGCAAGGGUGCAAAAGACACUGGGGCCAAGACCUUUGCCUUCGACCGAUCAUAUUGGUCCUUCAACAAGGAGGAUUCCAACUAUGCUGGCCAGUCAAACCUCUUUGAUGACCUUGGAGCGCCACUACUCGACAAUGCCUUUCAAGGCUACAACAACUGCAUCUUUGCGUACGGCCAGACGGGCUCAGGAAAAUCUUACUCCAUGAUGGGUUACGGGAAGGAAGUUGGUAUCAUUCCCAACAUUUGCCAAGAAAUGUUCAAUCGAAUAGAUUCCAUUCAAGAGGAUAAGGCGACUAAAUGUACCGUCGAGGUCUCCUACCUCGAAAUCUAUAACGAGCGAGUACGCGAUCUUCUUAAUCCGGCAACAAAAGGCAACCUCAAAGUUCGAGAGCAUCCAUCGACAGGUCCAUAUGUAGAAGAUUUGGCAAAACUCGUUGUUGGGAGCUUUCAAGAAAUCGAGAAUCUCAUGGACGAGGGGAACAAGGCCAGAACGGUUGCUGCUACCAAUAUGAACGAAACAUCUAGUCGAAGUCACGCCGUCUUUACCUUGAUGCUGACUCAAAAGAAGUAUGAUGCAGAAACCAAGAUGGAGAUGGAAAAGGUGGCCAAGAUCAGCCUGGUAGAUUUAGCCGGUUCUGAACGUGCAACAUCCACAGGCGCCACCGGCGCGAGGUUGAAAGAAGGUGCCGAAAUCAACCGCUCGCUAUCAACACUUGGCCGAGUCAUUGCGGCGCUUGCAGAUUUGUCGACAGGAAAAAAGAAAAAGGGCACAACUCAAGUUCCUUACCGAGAUAGUGUUUUAACGUGGUUGCUGAAGGAUUCACUGGGCGGAAACAGUAUGACAGCAAUGAUCGCAGCCAUCAGCCCUGCCGACAUCAAUUAUGACGAAACUCUCAGCACCCUGCGAUAUGCCGACUCAGCCAAGAGAAUUAAGAACCACGCCGUUGUCAAUGAAGACGCCAAUGCCCGUAUGAUCAGAGAACUGAAGGAAGAGCUGGCGCUGCUAAGAAGCAAGCUUGGCGGUAGCGUGGUCGGGUCUGGUCAAACCGCAGUUCCUGGCGAGCCAGUUUAUGCGGAGGGCACACCCCUAGAGCAACAGAUGGUGUCCAUCACUACUUCCGAAGGCAUUGUCAAGAAGGUGUCCAAGGCGGAGAUUGCCGAACAGCUCAACCAGAGUGAGAAACUUCUCUCUGAUUUGAACCAGACAUGGGAGCAGAAGCUCCAGAAAACCGAGGAAAUUCACAAGGAACGGGAGGCUGCCCUGGAAGAGCUUGGUAUCAGCAUUGAGAAGGGCUUCAUCGGUUUACAUACGCCGAAGAAGAUGCCACAUCUGGUCAACCUGUCAGACGACCCUCUCCUUGCCGAAUGUCUUGUUUACAAUCUCAAACCGGGUACUACAACUGUUGGCAACGUCGACACGAACGCUGAUCAUCAGGUCAAUAUUCGACUUAACGGGACGAGAAUUCUUCACGACCACUGCAAAUUCGAAAACAACACUGAUGGGACUGUUACUGUAGUUCCUUCAGAAGGAGCAUCAGUCAUGGUCAAUGGUAAGCGAAUAACGGAGCCUAAGCAGCUUCACUCUGGUUAUCGGGUCAUUUUGGGUGACUUCCACAUCUUCCGAUUCAAUCACCCCAUGGAGGCGAGAGCUGAAAGAGCAGAAGUUGGGCAAAGCCUGUUACGGCAGUCAAUCACGGCCAGCCAGUUUCAAGCUGUGGAUCGCACGCCCUCCCCUCGGUCGGGUCACGAGAGGUCGAUGAGUAAGGUCUCAGACUUUGGUGACUCUCGGCCAGAAUCCCCGGCUCCCUUUUCGCGAAACGGCAGGGAGUCGGACUGGUCUCUCGCUCGACGAGAGGCGGCUGGUGCUAUCCUUGGCACUGACCAGAAUUUUGCCAGUCUAACGGAUGAGGAGCUUAACGCGUUGUUCGAGGAAGUACAGCGGGCCCGAGCCGAACGUGUCAUCGGCCGAGAAGACGGCGAGGACACCGAUUCCGUCACUUCGUACCAGAUGCGCGAAAAGUACAUGUCAACCGGGACCAUUGACAACUUUUCUCUUGAUACAGUAUUGACAAUGCCAUCCACGCCAAAACAGGGAGAUCAGGAUGAACGUUUAAAGGAAGCUCGAGAGGAAAUGCAGAAUCAACUCGAGAGGCAGAAAGAAGAGUUUCAAGAAAGGCUCAAGAGCGCGGAAGCUGCCAACGUCGAGGUUGAAGAGAUUAGAAAGGAAAAAGCUAGGAUGGAAGCCGCCCUUUUUGCGCUGAAGGGAGAUAUGCAGAAACAACUCAACCUGCAAAAGAAGCAGUACGAGGAGAGGAUUGACAAGAUGGACCCCCUCAAGCGGCCCAAGGCGAAUCCAAAGCUUUCCAACGAAGAGAUUGAGCAAGCAAGCAAGGUCAUUAAAGUCUGGCGUGGCCGUCACUUUGUCAAGAUGGCCGAAACCGUACUUCAGAACGCUGCAGUGCUGAAGGAGGCUCAGAUUAUGAGUAACGAGCUGGCCGAGAGCGUCGUGUUUCAAUUUACUAUUGUGGAUAUAGGGCAUGCAAUCUGCUCGUCUUACGACAUGGUUCUGAACGGGCUGACUGGCGAAGGAGAAGAUGCAGCCUUGGAAGAGACCCAGAGGCCUUGUAUUGGCAUUCGUGUCAUCGACUACAAGCACAAUGUCGUGCACCUCUGGAGCUUAGAGAAACUGCACGAUCGAGUUCGACAGAUGAGACAGAUGCAUCAAUACCUCGACCAACCAGAGUAUACACAGCAUAUGAGUCUCGACAACCCAUUUGUAGAAACCUGCAUGCCAUCAUAUACUCUGGUGGGGGAGGUAGACGUGCCCUUACGAGCUGUCUUUGAGAGCAGGGUCCAGGACUUCUCUCUCCAUGUGCUAUCACCGUACACCUUUCAUGCCAUUGGCAUCGUCAAGCUGUCGCUGGAGCCAUCCCAUGCAAGAGCGCCGACGAACACGUUAAAGUUUAAUGUCGUCAUGCACGAGCUGCUUGGGUUUGCAGAGCGAGAAGGAACCGAAGUCCAUGCGCAGCUGUUCAUCCCUGGUGUGUCGGAAGAGGGUGGCGUCACCACAACCCAAAUGAUUAGCAAUUUUGACGAGGGUCCGAUACGAUUUGAAAGUGUUCACAACAUGAGCGUCUCGGUAUUUUCUCCCCCGGACGUCACAUUGCGAGCUGCCAUCUUCGCCAAAGUCUCGUCAAUGCAUUUGGAUAAGCUCCUCAGUUGGGACGACAUCCGCGACGCUGGCCCUGGGCGUGACAGCUCUCAGGCGACACGCAUUAACGAGUCACAAUUCUUCACUCAAGAAAAGCACGACCUCCUUUCUCGCAUUCAGAUCAUGGAGUUGAACGAGGACGGCGAAUACCAGGCCGUCGAAGUCAGCCAAACGAGUGAAUUGGACGCGGGCACAUUUCAGCUGCAUCAAGGCUUACAGCGCCGAAUCGGAAUAAACAUAUCUCAUAGUUCGGGAGACGCUUUACCCUGGGGCGACGUCACUGCGGUUCGUGUCGGCAAAGUCCGACUUGUUGAUGCGGCGGGUAAGACCCCGGACAUGGCUACCAGUGAGCCCGACGUCGCUUUGAGGCUUUCUUCCAGUCCGAUCUUUCGUGAGAAUCCCAACGGCACACGGAGUAUUACCAUGCACGCUCAGUGGGAUUCGAGUUUACACAAUUCUCUCUUGUUGGACAGAGUAACGGCGGAUAAGUACCGCGUACAGAUGACGAUACAUUGGGAGAUCAGCUCGGAGAAGCUCGCGGAACCAAUGAAGUUUAUCCAAAAGGUGUGCGUGCAAAUCCUGUCGCGAACAUUUGUGCGUCAAGCAUCCAUGUUCUCUUCGCUGUGGCAGAACGUGAGAUUUGUCCGCUCGUCGACGGCCAUCUUCACCCUCACAAUGCGGCCCGCCCCCAUCAAGAGAGUCGGUGAUCUGUGGCGCAUGAACAGCCAGCAUGAUUACGUCAAGGGCGAAGAGAAUCUGACGAGCUGGGCCCCCCGUGGCGUCUCUCUUGUGAGUGACUUUAUCAUGGCGCGCAAGAAGAGGAGACGCGUCGCCGAGAUUGGCGCCGCACAAACGACUCUUCAAAGACUCGACGUGGACAUUGCCACCGCCCCGGCAGCGGAGCAGGAGCCAAGACCCGAGGCGCUCCCUGGGGCCGAGGCAAUUGUGCCAGAUGACGAUGAUGACCUGUUAAACGACACGCCAGAUACAUCGCAAGCCCCCUCCAUCGACGAAGGAUCCGACAACGAAGGUCGAGGUGAGGAGACCAUCAAAGUGGAAACUGAGGAGCCGACGGGUUCUGGGGAAGAACAAAAGCCCGUCGAGCCCGAGUACAACGACCACCAAGUUGAACUCCUCGAGAAGUCGCUGAAACUCUGGACAAAAUACCCCGACCCGUUGGCCGGCAUGCUCAGCCCGGCAAAUACCAGUCCUCCCACAAACGGCAUCACGCCGGAGUCCUCCCUCCCGCCUAGUCUCGUCACAACCAUCAUCCGCGUGCCCAAGAACCCCAAAGUCCUCAAGGGCGGCUUCUUAUUGGUCCCCAACAACGAUUCAACCCGCUGGGUCAAGCGCUUCGUCGAACUUCGCCGCCCAUACCUCCAUAUUCACUCCGCCUCCGACGGGGACGAAAUCGCCCUCGUCAGCCUACGCAAUUCCCGUGUUGACAGCCAACCCGGUGUACUCGGACUCUUGCACGGGCCAGACGACUAUGACGCGCCGCAGAGCAAUUCCGGUCCAGACUUUACACCCGGCCACCGCCGCACUGCUUCCGGGCGAGUCAUUUCCACCAUCUGGACCGGCACGGGUGGCAGUUCCUCUGGCGGCAGCGGGAACGGGUUGCAACGCCUCAGCGAACGCGUGCAAGCAGGUGUGUUUGCCGUCUAUGGCACCGACAACACAUGGCUAUUUGCUGCGCGUAGCGAACGCGAGAAAAUGGACUGGAUCUUCCGUAUCGACCAGACAUACUUGUCCAAUACCGAGAGUGCCACUAACAGCGGCAUCAUCAGUCCAUACCAGGGAAGUGAAUACUAG